AUGUCAGCACCUUUUACACCAACUCGUGGUCUACGGCAAGGUGAUCCGCUCUCGUCAUACCUCUUCCUUUUUGUUGCUGAUGGUCUGUCUACUCUGAUAAACAGGAAAGUAGAAACUGGUGCCAUGAAGGAGCUCAUAAUCUGCAGAAAUGCCCCUGGGAUUUCACAUCUUCUUUUUGCAGAUGAUACAUUGCUAUUCUUCAGAGCUUCAACAGACCAAGCAGAGGUGAUUAAGGAGGUCCUGGCAACAUAUGGAUACUGUACUGGACAGCAGAUCAACCCAGCAAAAUGCUCCAUUAUGUUCAAUGACAAAUGUCCAUCGGCCACGCAAGAUCAAGUCAAAGCCAUACUUCAGGUAGAAAGUACCGUGUUUGAUGCCAAAUACUUGGGGCUUCCAACACCAAGUGGUAGGAUGAAAGGGGAUCGGUUUCAACAUCUGAAGGAGAGGCUAAGCAAACGUCUAAAGGACUACUCUGAGAAGAACUUAUCCAGUGCAGCAAAAGAAGUCCUAAUUAAAUCGGUGGCACAAGCUCUGCCAACAUACAUUAUGAGUGUGUUUAAACUUCCUCUCGGUUUAUGUGAUGAUCUUACUGGUAUAAUCAGGCGCUUUUGGUGGGGUGAGGAGAAUGGGAAGAGGAAGAUGGCCUAG